CGUAGGUCGUGUCGCGUGUCACGUGGUAUCGUUUCGCGUCGCGUUGACGCCGAUCUCUCUCUCUCUUCUCCGACGAGAGAACGCACGAGCUGCGCCGAUUGUUGAAAAUACGAUGCCGUGCGUCGCGUGAGAAACGAUUGCUCGCGAAGAAUUGUUCUUGCGGUACUGGUUUUCGCAUGAUUGCCGCGCGACGUGUACAUUCGCGUACACGUUGUGCGAUUGUGCCUGCUUUGCUCAUUGUUUCGCAUCUUCGUCGCCGCGAUCGGUGUACGUUGUUUCUUCAGUGACCCCUGUCGCGCGCGUGCGUGUGUGUAUAUAUGUGUAUAUAUGUGUCGGUUGCGCGAAAUAGCGUGACGCCGUGCGCCACGUUUGAACGACCGUUACGCGUUCGGAUUCGGGAGUGCCGGUCUCGAAGCUAAGUUCAUGGUAUCGCGAUGUGUCUCGGCUUGUGCGUGCGACGUCCUUGGUGAGGAGAUUACAACAAGAGAGCCGUGAAGCGAGAAAGAGAGACAAGGCAACAAAGGUGACGUGCUGAGAGAAGGACGUGAGCGAAGAACAUUGCUGUUGAUUGACGGAUACGAGCCGGACGCAAGCACGCCGAUGUUGAUGCUUUCUAUAAAGGGAAUAGCACUAUUUGUGGUACGCAACCGAUUAUAAUAGCUUGGUAACAUUAAUCAUCCUCGUGUUUCUUCAUCUCGGAGAUAUUGCUGUGAAUUUUCCCGGAAGUUUUCUGCCCACUUCCAAGCACGGACGCAAAAAGUUAAUAUUUGGACCAUGUUUUUUGAACGGUGCUGCGAGCAGGAUGCCGACCACUGAGGGACACGAUCGUACCGUCCAUGUAGUCCAGGAGAAACUAUCCCAGUUCGACACGUAGCAUCAUCCUUGGUUCGAGUGGCAUUCGAUAGAAUCGUGAAACAUUACUAUCCUGAGAUUAGAACGAACGAUUCUUCGAGAUGGGAUCGAUGGGAAUGACAGGCUUGUGGUUGCUCUAUGCGGCGUUUAUGGUCGCCCUGUGUCAAGGCCAAGAGGACUGGAUGCAGUGCUCGUCGACUUGCAAGUGCAAAUGGGUGUCCGGCAAGAAGACCGCCGAGUGUACUAAGCAAAACCUCACGCAGGUACCGGGGGACCUCUCGCCAGAGAUUCAGAAUCUCGAUCUUACCGGCAAUCACAUGAAUCAUCUUACACACGACGCGUUUAGUCGCGUUUACCUGGUGAAUCUGCAUAAAUUGAUACUGCGCGAAUGCGGCAUCGAAUCGAUUCAUACGGACGCUUUCAGCGGCUUGAAGAUCGUCAUCGAGAUCGAUCUGUCAGGCAACAAUAUACGUAGUUUACAUCCGGGAACUUUCUACGAGACUCAACGAUUGCGUGUGUUGUUACUUAAUCAGAAUCGACUGAGGGUACUGGAAAAUAAUCUAUUCCUCAAUCUCACCUUUCUGCAAAAAGUGGGGUUGUCGGAGAACAGAUUGGAGCGCAUCGAGGAGAAAACGUUCCGUAAUGUACCGGCUUUGCACUCCCUCACGCUCGACGGGAAUAACUUUAGUACUCUGCAACUGCAGAGCUUCCAGAGUCUUCCUAAACUCGGUAGUCUCGAACUUCAGAAUAAUCCGUGGAAUUGUAACUGCCAUCUCAAAAGGUUCCGCGACUGGGCGAUCGAACGAAAGUUAUACACAAAGCCAACCACUUGCGAGCAACCGCCCAACAUGGCCGGCAAGAUGUGGGACGAAGUUACCAGCGAUGAGUUUGCAUGCAGACCGAAAAUCACCGCCAUCGGCCCGGCAACCAAAAUCGAAAUGGGCAGAGGAGACGUGACUCUCUCGUGCAGAGCAACGGGAAUCCCACCUCCUAAGAUGUCAUGGGCGCAUCGUACUCGCGUCUUAGACAACCUCGCCAAACGUCCGAGUAGCGACAGAGGCUACGUGUUGUCAGCGAGACACGAGUGGUUGAAUCUCACCAUUCUUGAUGCAACGCCCUUCGACAAGGGUGAUUAUGUCUGCCAAGCGAAGAACCCGGGCGGCGAAGCCGAGAAGAACGUGACCUUGGCCAUCGUGGGCGACACGCUGGGCAGCGGAGACAAUUUUAUGAGCCUGUCGCACGCCAUAAUACUCGGUGUCGCCACGCUGUGCUUGCUGAUCGUGACGAUUGUGCUUUGCGUGUGUCACUGCCGACGUCGCCGGACCAGGCACGAUGAGAAGGGUCUCGAGGCGGCAUCCUUGGAACAUCCCGGCCUCGGCGAGCAGGAGAAGUCUUUGAUUACCACUAUCAAUCCGGUGGUGAAGCCGCCGAGACGAUACGAAGCACCGUCGGUGACGUCCCAUGGUACGGAGAUGACAGAGCUGAAUCGCACGUUGCUCGACAACGACUCCGUCUUCGUUGACGGUGUCGGAAGCAGUGUCGUGGACAGAAUAGACGACGAGAGGGAGCACGAACUGGCUACUCCGGAACUCGACGGAGGCGGUACUAGCGGCACGUUGCCACGCGGGGGUACCAGUUACCAUCAUCGACAAUAUCCACCAGAUCUGCUGGCUUUCUCCGGCGGUCGUGGCGCAUCGCCGACUAGCCAGACGUCGACAGCGCCUGACAACACGCGUCUGCCUAAUCAGACAGCGACGACAACAGCGGCGGCAUCAUCGUCGUCAUAUGCCUCGCCGCCGCCUGGCCAGUAUCACCCAGCCGCCUUCAAGACGUUGCCACACAGUCGCAGCGUAACACCGUACUGCCUCGGACCGUCGUCGUCUUCGUCCUCGGCGGCACCGGUGCUGCCACGUCACGGCUACGUAACAAUUCCGCGUCGACCGCGAGCUCCCAGUUGGAGCAGCGGACCUCCGACGUCGCCCACCGACAUCCUCGAACCGGUCUAUGACAAUUUGGGGCUGCGCACCACGGCUGAUGGCAGCUCGAUGUUAUCGUUGAACAAGAGCCCAGAAUCGGUGGCCUCAUCCAUGCGGGGGCGGCCGCUUCCAGUCACGCCAGGCGGUCCCAGCUCGCACUAUGGCACGAUUCAACGUAGCACGCCGAACAUCCUUGCCGGCAGUCCACUAGACCGGGCGGCCCCGGAAGGCGCAGCCGAGUGGCCGAUCAAACUGCCGGAUGAAAGCAUGAACGGCGGACAUUCGCUAUUGACGCAGCAGCAACAAGCUGCCGCCAGCAAUACCCUCGGCAGGAAAGUACCGCCUAGACCGCCGCCAAAGCCCAAGAAGAAAUCUGCCAACGGGCCGACGCUGUACGAGGACGAGGGAGAGGACGGCACAGAAGUAUGAUAUCACGGGUAUCGUCCACAAUGAGGACGAUUGGUCGUAGUACGCCAUGAUGGGGAGCGUGCGACCACAUUUACAAUAAACCGGUAGUGCCUUUCGAAACGCGCGUUUCGCGCGCGUGCAACUUCCAUUUCGCUCGAUGAAUCGCAGUCAUCUGGAGGAUGAACGAGACAUGAGACGACUCGGGAAGACAACGGCGUGGCUCGUCGAAAUUACUGACGAUGAUUAAGAGUCACUUUCCUUCCUGUAAGUCAUCUCUCUUUCCUUUCCUUUUUCCUGUAAAUUAUUUCGUAAAUUAUUUAUUGAAUGAAACAGAGAAUCCGAAGUAAUCUAAACCCAAAUGGCUCGUGCAAUUCGUACGAAUCAUUUUUAAACGGUCCGGUUAUUGAUAGAUGUCAUUUCCGUUCCUCAUCUCCUAUAUAUAUUAUUUUUUUUCUUUUUUUUUCUUUUUUUUUGGUCGAGUUCCUUUAGCUUCUUAUUUGGCGCUAACUACGCGCGGUGAGGUGAUCAAGUGAUUAAUGUUCCGGACACAUUGGUGUCGGCUUAGUCGAUAAGGCGAAACCUGUUCGCGUUUUGUAUGAAAUUUAUGCGAAAUAGGAAGCAACUGUUGCAAGUGCUGAACACAAAUCGUUUUGUCAAGAGCGAUAUCAGUGAAUUCGUCUUGUAUUCGUAAUCGAAAAUCGCGAUCGUUUCGAUACGAUUCACGUAUAUAAUAUAAAUGGAACUGUUAAGAUUCAGACGAAGCAACGUUUUGCACAUGUUACAUUUAUGAAAAAAGCGUAAUGAGAAUUUAAUAUUGUUAAGAAAUUAUAUAGCUGUUACAUGUCAUCUCCUGUCGCGUUUCUUUUCUAAUGUCGAAAUUUCGACGCUUGUAUCGAAUUGUAGCAAGACCGCGUGCAUUCUCUUGCAUUCUCUUGCAAAUUCUCAAACAGCUUACAUCGAAUGGCGCAUAACGAUCUAUGUCCCUUUUUCCCCUAAGAGCAUCGUCACACCGUAUACUCGUAGAUAUAUGCCGUACUGCCUUAACGACAUUUGAUAUCUUUAAUCGUCGAGAGAUGCCACAUGCGAUAAUUAUAGCAGCAAAUUUGACUUUACUCUGUAUACUUUGCACAAUCCGACUGCAGUAUUUUGUCAAUCUAUCGUUACGAUUAUUUUAAUUAAUGUAUUUUAAUAUACGUAAGAGGUACGUAUGUUAAAAUCAGAGAAGAUGUAGAUGUUGUUAACGCAGUACGUAAUAUAACAGUACUAUAUGACGAUUCCAUUUUGUAUUACGUUAAACGGAUAAAUCUUACAGCAAUGUAUAAACCUAAAGUAGAUAUAAGUGCGACGACACUCGAACGCAUGUUUGAGCUUGUAACAACAAAUGUAUUAUAAAGUACGAUAAGAUGGUGUGCAACCAAAAAAAAAAAUAUACCUAGAUAACGUAUAUUUCUGUCGACGCUAACUACGCGAAUAUCGUGUCCUUGGAGUUCGUAUAAUCAAUUAUCAUCGGUAAUAAACCAGUGAUCGGAA